ACGAUCUGGCCUCAUCUAGAGUCCGCCUCUAUUUCUUCAUCUCGAAUGAAGGGAACCAGAACUUGUUUGUCGUUCAAGCCAGCCUGUGGCUUUACUUGAAGCUGCUUCCAUAUGUCUUAGAGAAAGGCAGCAGGCGAAAAGUAAGAGUCAAAGUCUAUUUCCAAGACCCGGACACUAGCAACAAGUGGAAUGUGGUUGAAAAGAAAGUUGAUCUCAAAAGAAGUGGUUGGCACACUUUUCCCAUGACAGAGGCAAUCCAGGCUCUGUUUGAGAGAGGAGAAAGGAGACUGAACUUGGAUGUUCAAUGCGAGGGCUGUGAAGAGUAUUCAGUGCUGCCAAUUUAUGUGGACCCCGGGGAGGAAUCCCACCGGCCUUUUUUAGUGGUGCAGGCCCGCCUCGCCGAUAACAAACACAGGAUCCGGAAAAGAGGCCUGGAGUGCGAUGGCAGGACCAAUCUAUGUUGCAGGCAACAGUUUUACAUUGACUUUAGACUCAUUGGGUGGAAUGACUGGAUCAUAGCACCAUCAGGUUACUAUGGGAAUUACUGUGAAGGGAGCUGCCCGGCCUACUUGGCCGGCGUCCCGGGGUCGGCUUCCUCCUUUCACACCGCCGUCGUGAAUCAGUACCGAAUGCGGGGGCUGAACCCGGGCACCGUGAACUCCUGUUGCAUUCCAACCAAACUUAGCACAAUGUCAAUGCUGUACUUUGAUGAUGAAUACAACAUUGUGAAAAGGGACGUUCCCAAUAUGAUUGUGGAAGAAUGUGGUUGUGCUUGAUUCAAGGUGUGUUUUUGGGGGGGGAGAGAGAGAGAGGGGGAGAGAGAGAGAGAAAGAAACAUUCCCGUACGAGAUGAUGUUGGAGGAAGUUUCACUGUGUAUCCAGGCAUCAGUGUUGGAAAGUCACUGUGGAAAAGUUUGACAAAAAAAAAAAAAGAAAAAAAAAUCAUUUCACUUUGGUGUCAGGACAGUGGCAGUUUGUGGAUCUUGGACACUUAUAUAUUCUACCACUUAUAAGUUAAUGCUAUGAAAUAUCUUAAAGACACACACACACGUGCACACACACAUACACUAAACGCGGGCACACACACAAACACGCGCUCAUACACACACACACAGACACACACACGCACACGAGGCAGCUCGGAAAAGGGACAUGAGCACAGAAAGUCAGUGACCAGUGACGACGGACCUAAAUGCCUGCCAGUACGAGUGAGCGGCUGGGCAGCUGUUUCCCCGCCUGCCAGUAAAGCCAGACCGAAAUGAGCUCCCUUUGCUCAGGCAAAAGCACAGACUGCGAGAACACGACGUAUUCUUGCACGCAGGUGUCAAAAUGACCAAAUUUAGA